AUGUCUGCCCAGAACCCCGCUGACGCGAUUAAUACCUGGGCCCUGGUUCGCCACCUCUUCUCGCGCGAGCAGCACCAUUUACAGCACAUCGAAAAACUCGAACAGUCACUCUCAAAUGCGGGUAGACGGAACCAUGAAGAGCGUAGUUCCUAUAACUCUCUUCAUCGUCUUUAUGACAAGCUUUACCGAGCCCAUACCGCGCUCUCUGCCGAGAACCAGCGCCUCAAACAUGAGCUCGCUGUCCUGCAGUGCCAUCAUUGCCAUGAGCAGCAUCAAACCCCAAAUAUCGAAGGCGCACGGGUGGAGGAGCUGAAAUAG